AUGGAAGCAGCGCCUAGACUGCCGAUGUUGUCAUUUGACUUGAAAGUGUGCACGGAAAACACACACUUUGGUCCACAACUCAAACAGUAUAUUGCUUCUUUUUAUCAUGAAGACCCUGAUUCAUACCUCACUGAAAUCCAUAAUUUGGAGUCACUACGUGCAGCUGCUGUGCGCCCUACUAUGGAUGUCAAUGGGGUACAGUUGUUGAAGAAAUACUAUUGCCAGUUACAUUUCCUAAAGUCCAGAUUUCCAAUGGAAGAGAAUAAGGAUGCUGCUGUACAGUUUUCUUGGAAAGAUCAACAUCUUGAUGCAAACUAUACUUCAACUGAUAUUGGAUUUGAACUCAUGGCAAUAAUGUAUAAUAUUGGUGCAUUGCAUUCAUACUUGGGUAGUAGUGAUACUAGAAGCAAUCCUGAAGGAAUGAAAAUGGCUUGUACACAUUUUCAGUGUGCUGCAUGGGCAUUUCAGACAGUGAAAGAGAAGUAUCAUCAGUUUGUAAUUUGUAUCUCUUUGAUAGAGCUGGUUCAUUUUUUCCAACAAGUUAGUUUAGCUCAAGCUCAGGAAUGUAUUUUGGAAAAAAGUAUGCUGGAUAACCGAAAAGCAACAAUAAUUGCCAAAGUAGCAGUGCAGGUACACCAAUAUUAUCGUCAGUCUCUGAGUAUUUUGGAGUCAGCUAGUGAUGAUUUAUUCAGGGAUAAAACCUACAAGGAGUGGAUCAAACACUUGCAAUUCAAGCUGGCUUAUUACAAGUGCAUCUCUUUGCUUUAUCAAGGACAACAGGCAGAGGAGCAGCAGAAAAUGGGGGAGAGAGUAGCUUUUUAUCAACUUGCUUGUGAACAGUUGGAAGAAGCAAAAAGAUGGGCUAAUUCCCUGAAAAAUCAACAAUCGGAAAUACAAGAAGGUUUGGCUUUUACUCAAGAUGUUGUUGAGGGCAAAAGAAAAGCUGCCAAAAACGAAAAUGAAUUCAUUUAUCAUGAGUCUGUUCCCGAUAAGGACCGUCUAGAAGAAGUUAAAGGUGCCUCUCUGGUUAAGGGCAUACCUUUCAGCAUAAAUGAUACAGAGGUUUCUGGUCCUCAUAUUUUCGCCCGACUAGUCCCCAUGGAAGCUCACGAGGCUGCAUCUUUAUAUAGUGAGAAAAAAGCCCAAAUGUUAAGGAACAUAGGCGAACUGAUCGAAACCAAAGACCAACAGUUGGCCGAGUUCAUGACUUCUUUGCAACUGGAUCUGUUGACUAAGAUGCAUCAAGCUACAGGCAUACCCCAAGAGCUGAUUGACCGAGCUGCAGCCCUCUCUGCUAAACCAACUGCUAUACAGGAUCUUGUAGGGUCCAUGGGAAAGUUGUCAAAUAUAUAUCAAGAAGUGGAGUCUAGUUUGAAUGAAAUUGACCAACUUCUCAAGUUGGAAGAGGAAUCAGAAAAAGGUUACCAAGAAAUAAUGGGUAAACGACCUUCCAGCAUCAUAGCCACCGAUCUGUCGAGAGAGGCGGCCAAAUACAGGGAGGCCCACAGCAAAGCAAACGAUUCAAAUCAGGCCCUGCACAGGGCGAUGACGGCGCACGUAGCCAAUUUAAAGGUCCUCCAGCAACCGCUGAAACAGUUGCAGCAACAGCUGCCAUUCGUCGAACUACCGAAUGCAAAUAUCGAUGAAAAUUCGCUGAAAGAUCUGGAAAUGCUUGUCGCCAAAGUUGAUGAGAUGAAAACACAGAGAGCUAUGCUAUGGGCUCAGCUAAGAGAGUCUGUACACCAGGAUGAUAUCACUAAUUCUUUGGUGACCAAACAACCCAAUCAGUCUUUAGAACAACUGUUUCAACAGGAACUUCAAAAACAUCAACAACUGACCGUAUUGAUUGAACAAAAUACAGCUGCUCAAGAAAACGUAAAAACAGCACUUGUAGACACAUACGCCCAAGCUGUGAAAACCAGAAAAUAUGUGCAAGACAUAAUCCACAAACGAAACUCAAUGAUCUCAUUGCUGGUCACAUCCUAUGACUCUUACGACGACCUCCUAGCCAAAGCCAAUAAAGGAAUAGAAUUCUACACCAAACUAGAAACUAACGUCUCAAAGUUGUUACAAAGAAUCAAGAGUGCCUCUAAAGUCCAGCAGGAAGAACGCGAACAAAUGCUACUGAAAAACGACAUACCUACCAGCAAAGAAGUCAUAGCAUCAACUCCUGCUGCUCCCAAGCUCAAAGAUUACUUGGAGUCCAGGAAGAAAAAUCCAGUCAGUGCCUAUCCAGAUGUUACCAAUCCAUACCCGAACCAAAACGUCAACUAUGGCUUGAGCAGAGACUUGCCACCAGGAGUGAGACCUGCUCCGCUGGGCUCCGAAUUCACAGAUUCCCCUUCUAGCACCGGUAACGAGCCUUACAUUGCGAACGUGCAGUACGGAUACAGCCAAAUACCACCCAGCAAUACAGCCUACCCGUACCCACAACAAGCUUCUGGAGCCUCUCAGGUCGAUCAAGACUUAGCGGCGAGAAUGAGCAAUUUGCUUCAGAGUUCCAAAGUUGAUACGCCAGCUCAAAACUUCCCUACCUACUCUUACAGCAACUAUAUUCCCCAGAACUAUGCUACCAAUAGUAGUUAUCGUCCUCCAACACAAAGCUUCGCAGUUCCUCCAGAGAUAACCUCGCCUUAUGAUCCAGCUAAAGCAUAUACUAACACCACUAACACCUACCGACCUUUGUCCAGUUAUUCCAUCAUGAAUAACAGCAACACUCAGGCGCAGUACUCGGACUCUACGUUUGCAACUCCGACAAGUACUGCGCCUUCAAAUGUCGGUUACAGUGCCAGCUACCAGUACCCUAGUUACUCCAAUACCGAAUAUUCCCAACCGGCGCCUACCCCUAGUGGGGCAACCCAAAGUUUGCAGCCUAGUGUAGAUACCUAUUAUCCCCAAGGCUAUGCUCCAAAUCAGAAUGUGUCUCAACCUAGCGAGUCUCCAAGUUUUCCAGAAAAUGUGCAGUAUCAUUCUCUGGAGUACUCCACUUCCGUUAAACCGGAUCAAGUAACUUACAACUACAAUACUUUUUAUUCUUCUCCUGCUGCUAACCUAUCUAGCACCCACGUUAGAGAAACUAAAACCCCUUAUUAUUACCCUUCCACUAGUAGUUCAAACGUACCAACUAGUAUGUCUUAUACUCCUGCAAGUACCCAGGCUGACUCUAGUUAUCAGCGAGUCGACUCAAACAUUCCCACAUAUUCCUCAAAUGUUGCCAACUAUGGUACAGCCUACCUCUACCCUGGUACACAAUCUCAAGCAGCCGCUGUGCCUACUUACUCUGGUGGUCAGUUCUACCAAGACCCUCAGAAAUAUUCCCAGCAAACUGGUACUGAACAACAGGCUGUGAGUGAUCAAUACAGUCAGUAUUAUGCUAGCAUGAGCCAGGCUUAUCCGGAUCAGUAUUAUCAACAGCCUAGCGGAGCUGUUGCUGGGCAGCAAAGUGAUCAAACUCGGGCUCCUGCUACUUAUGUCCAGCAAAAUCAACAAGCUGCUAGUACGGGGACACAGGUCAACAGCACAGAGUCGAACAUAGAUCUGCUGAGCGGUCUCGACUUCACGAUCAGCCAGGCUCCUUUGGUGCCCCAACAGAACGUCGCGAAGCUCCAACCGAGCGAGGUGAAUGCAGCCAGCUCUGAUACGAAGCUGAGCGCUGCCAAACCUGCUUCGGCAAAAGAAAUGGAGGUGGUAGAGAUCAAACGGCCGAGCUUCAAAAUUCUACCAAGCAAGCCGUUGACCAAUGCUGACGUCAAGAGGUUGUUCGAGCAGGAGGUGGAGAAGUAUGAGAAGUUUGUGGAGACGCUGACUAUCAAGACUCUGAGCGGGCCUACCAAUUUGGAUGUGAAGUGGAAGGAGAUUCAGGACAAACAGGAGUGCGACGCGCAGAGGAGGAUUAUUUCUGUGGCGAGGUGUUAUCCGAUGAAAAAUAGGUUUCCGGAUAUUUUGCCUUAUGAUUAUUCCAGAAUCGAGUUGCAUGGUACCAAAGAUGACUAUAUAAAUGCUUCAAUUAUCAAAGACAUUUCAUUGUAUGCUCCAGCUUUUAUAGUGACUCAGGCGCCAUUGUCUUCAACCAUUGGCGAUUUUUGGACUAUGAUCAGAGAACAACAGGUUGAAUUGAUCUUUUGCAUCAUGGGAGAUAAGGAGAUUGAAGAUGUUUAUUGGCCGAAAGAGAAAGGCCAGAGUAUGAGCGUCUUGAACAUGGUGAUUACCCUACAAAGUGUGAUAGUUAAAUCUCAUUGGACUGAAAGACUGAUUGCUGUGAAUUUGCCUGAAAAAAGGGAUUCUCGAGUGGUUAUGCAUUUACAGUUUACCUCUUGGCCUGGAAGUCUCUUCCCCACCACCACCGACCCCUUCGUCAGCUACGUCCUCGAGCUGAUCGGUCUCUUCCAGCAGCAGCGCUGCCCCACUCGCCCCGUCCUCGUGCACUGCGCCUCGGGUUCGGGCCGCAGCGGGCUCGCCUGCCUCCUCACGGCCGCCAUUUUGGAUGUGGCCAACAACGCCAACGUGGUGCCCGACCUGGCCGCCCUAGCGUCUAAAGUGGGCGGAUGUAGAAGGAACGCGCUGAGGGACCGAGAGCAUCUCAAGUUUGCCUAUGAGUGCUGGUUGGGGUACAUGAAGCAGGUGGUUUCGCAAGAUAAAAUGAAAAGGAGAAUGAAUGAACCAGUGCCUAUGCCUAUCGUUGAAUGUUUACAACCCACAGAUGUGGUAGAGACAAAUCAGGAUCCUCUAAGUACCUUGGAUCCUUUUUGGGCAAGUAAAAAAUGAUAAGAAAAUCAAGUUUAUUUUUACAUAA